UUUUCCAAAUUUUUCUUUAAAAAAUUAAAUUUUCAACAAAAUUCAUUAAAAAUGAAUGUUGCUGUUGCUAAACCCAAAGAGCGUCAAUUUCAGGUUGUACCAGUCCCAGCAGUGUUUACUCGUGGACGUUGGGAAUGUAUUGACUAUAAAGACGGCGCCUCGGCCGGUACUGGACCUGUCAGUUUUUCUAUUGGAGGGGACAACCAAACAAUUGAAUUUGAUAAAUCUUCUGCCUCCCAAACUCCGUUGGCGACUCAAACAAAUGUUCAUGUUGGGGAGGGAGUUGGAGCUGGACAGCAACAAAUUGGAGCUCAACACCAAAAUAUUCAAAACCCCGUGGUUGCUGUUGAACAACGUGAAACUACGCCAGCGCCACAGCCUGGCAUUGUACAUCAGGUUUAUUUGAAUUAUAGAAUAUUUUUGGGGAUUUAUGUCCGUUAG